ACUUAUGCUCGAACGCAUAAAAAAGCAGCGGCAUUUAUUUGUUUACCCAAGCCAAGGAUAAUGGAGCAGCUGGCCCAGUUUGUCACCAAGUCCUUUGAGUUCAAUCUAACUAACAACAGUGUUCACGCCUUAUUCAAUUCGAUGACGGGCGCGCGUUUAAAAAAGCCCACGGAAGUGAAAAACUCCAUAUUCAUAAACUCGAUCAGUUCCGGCGGCAGUUACGCCGAUACUUGCGCGAGUGGCGAGGAGUCCGUGGACAUAGACAUUACCGACCUGUCCGUAUCCGAGAGCAACACGAUCCUCGCGGUCGAUCCGGAGCCACCGGAAGAAACCCAUUCGCAGCGCGAGGAGCAUGUGGAAAUCUACAGCCUUAGUCCCACUCUCCACAAGGCCACGGUGGAGCCGAAGCCCAAGAACUGGCUAAUUUCGGAGGAUUUGGACGUGGACUCCCAGCCGGAAGAUCCAAAACUGUCUGGAUUGCCCACUGCCAGCAUAACCGAGUGCACGGAGGACAGUAAUACGCCAAAGCUGGCGCCGGAUAAGCCAUUAUUGCCGGAGGAGUGCGUCUCCCCGGAGCCCAGUCGCAACCGGGAGCACUGCGAUCCGCUGGACUCGUCGCUGGUGAACACCAAGCAGCGGAGAUCGCGGACGAACUUCACCCUGGACCAGCUGAACGAGCUGGAGCGACUGUUCGAGGAGACCCACUAUCCAGAUGCCUUCAUGCGCGAGGAACUGAGUCAGCGACUGGGCCUCAGCGAAGCCAGAGUGCAGGUUUGGUUUCAAAAUAGAAGGGCGAAAUGUAGAAAGCACGAAAACCAAAUGCACAAAGGAUUCCUCGUGGGCAGUCGGACUCCUCCGAUCGCCACUCCGCUGGAACCAUGUCGCGUGGCUCCCUACGUCAGCUUGGCCGCCCUCCGCAGCUCAUCCGUUCCAUCCCAUCCUGCCGCAGUGACCAGCUCGAACCCCCAGACACCCGGGUGCUCCGGAGCCAGCAGUGCCGGGAAAGUGGUCACCGUGGACUCGCCACAUAAUCACAAUCCGGCGAUAUCGCGCUCGGCUAUCAAACAGUUUUCCAGCACCGUGGCAGCAGCCGCCGCCUUUUCCGCUUUCGAUCCGGCCAUUAUUUCGGUGGCAGCUCACCAGUACGCAGCUGCUAUAACUAAUGGAACCGUGCCGGCUGGAUUGUUUUCUGUGCCCCAGUACUCCAUAAAUCUGGCUGCCUUCGCCGCCGCCCACAGCAAGAGCUCUUCGAUAGCCGAUCUCCGGAUGAAGGCCAAGAAGCACUCGGAAUCGUUGGGUCUGCAGGCGGACAUGGUGCUCUAGUGACCACCUGGCAGUAGAACGUAGACAUGUACAUUCAAUUGAUGGUGCGGUGGAGUUGCGUCUAGCACCGAAGUAAUAAAAAGAAUAGCCACAUUUAUUUAUUUAAUUAAAGUCUUACUUAAUAAAUCUAGUGAAUAAGAAUGACUUAAAACCAAUAUCGACAAAUAAAAGAACUGUUUUUGAA